AUGACUUCCGGCGUCGAAACCCCUAAUAUAAGCUCCUACAAGCUAAAUGUUACAUUUCACGAAGAUCACCUUAAACAGACAGCAGAGAGCGGAGAAACUACCAUAUGGAGAAAGGAAAAGGAGCUUGGAAAGGGAGGCUUUGGGAGCGUAAGGCUUGAAAGGGGGGUGUUUGGGGGGGCGGAAUCCGUGAGGGCAGUCAAAAGGAUUUUACGAGCCUCAUCCACCACAAACAACCUUUAUAUUCAACGUGAAGUGAAGGCGUUGAUAAUGGUCCAAGAUCACCUGGAUUUAUUUGUCAAGUUUUUCGGAUGGUACGAAGAUGAUUUACAUUUUUUCAUCGCGAUGGAAUACGCUCCACUCGGUGAUUUGGGCAGUUAUAUCAAGAAUUCUAAAGAGGAUGCCCACUCGAAUGCCAUCACCAUCACCCAGCAACUAUUGAAAGCGCUCGUCAUCCUGCACGAGAGAAAGAUCUAUCACCGCGAUCUGAAGCCUCCGAAUGUUCUUAUUACGUCACUGUCACCACUCCACGUCAAGCUAGCUGAUUUUGGGGCGUCCAAAUCUACAAUAAACACCAUGUUAAGGACUCAGUGUGGAACCGUUACUUAUCAAGCCCCAGAGAUGCAAGGAUUAUCGGUUCAAAGGCACGCCUUAGGAGGAGAAUAUCCAUUUGCUCUCGAUAUGUGGUCAUUGGGCUGUAUGGUUUAUGAAUUGUUGACGACGGAGGCGCCAUUUCUGGAAGAGCCGGCUCCAGAGGAGGAAGUUUCUGAGGUAUCGUGGAUUGAGGAUGGUCCACCUGAGCGUUCCCUCAACCUGGCAAUGUUGGUUGAUUUCUGCGAAGAAAGGAUCGAUUUCCCCUUGCAACCGUUGCACAACGCGAGCGUCGGUCUCAAGGGCAUAGAUUUUAUCAUGAAGCUAUUAGUUGCUAGUCCCGAAUUCCGCAUGACGGCACAAGCGGCAUUAAAACACGAUUGGUUUGCCCAGCUAGGGCCUUCAGAUGCAUAUUUCGAAGAGAUCACAAAUCAAAUGAUCUCCCUGGGUAUUGAUUCUACGGUAGCUAAAAGUCUCAUUCGGGCACACAGAGAGGGCCCUAACCCGGACAAGAUUCAAGAUAUCCUCAAUGCAGUGGGGAAAAAUUACAUAUCCUUAGCAUAUGACGCAUCGCACAAAGGACACACCUCGCUCCUAGAUAUGCUAUUAGAAACGUUCAAAGGAGACACGAAAUUACCCCAUACUACCGUCAAGGGGUGGAGUUUAUUGCAAACUGCAGCCAAAGGAGGUCAUCUUGGUGUGGUAAAAUUACUCCUGGGUUGGGGUGCAAAUAUCAAUGCCGAGGCUGGCCCUGUCUGGAGAGGGCGAACAGCGCUGCAAGCAGCAGCAGAGUCAGGAAACACCAAAUUGGCCAGGUUCUUAUUGGAAAACGGAGCGGAUGUUCACGCCAAGGCAGCGCAAAAAGGAGGCCUCACAGCCCUACAAGCGGCCGCCUCCUAUGGUUAUACGGAGAUAUUGGUGGACCUGGUCAAAAAACAUAAGGCUGAAGUAAAUGAAAAGCCAUGUGAUUUGGAUGGACGAACAGCAUUGCAGGCUGCAGCCGAGAAAGGGCAGGAAGAUGCGGUAGACUUUCUUUUGCGAAACGGUGCUGAGGUAAACACAAAGCCCUGUAAACAAAAGGGAUUCACCGCGUUACAAGCCGCUGCCGGAGGUGGAUUUGUUCGUAUUGUCGAAAUACUUUUGGGGAAGUCGGCCGAUGUCAACGCGGAGCCGUGCGAUCUCUGGGGCCGAACGGCAAUACAGGCAGCCGCAGAGAACGGACAUAGUGAUGUAGUCCAGUUGUUAUUGGAAAACUCGGCUGAUGUAAACGCUGGGCCGUGCGAAAAGAAGGGCAAAACAGCUCUAUGGGCAGCAGCAGAGGGCGGUCAUGCAAAUGUCGUGAGGUUACUUUUAGAGUCUAGAGCCGACAUCAAUUGUGACAGAUGUGGUUCAACCGCGUUGGAGAUAGCAGAAGAGAAUGGUCAUCACUCGAUUGUAGAACUCCUGUCGGGCAAUUCUUUUUAUUGA